CUGUGGUGUCGCGAUAGUUUACGGGAGCUGGAUUCAAACGGUGGCGGUUUGACAGAAGACUGAUCAGUGACAAGAUGGCAGCAGAGGAGGAAAUCCAGCGUCUGAGGAGCCAGCUGAGGGAGAAGGAGGAGCAGGUCCAUCAGGCUGCCCAAGCUGGUUUGGAUCUCCUAAACCAGCAGAUGGAACUGCAGAACAGACUGGAUGAACAGAGGGUGGAGAUGACUAACGCAUUGGAGGCACUCGAGCAAGACAAGUACUCCCUUCAGAAGGAAGUGGAGUUAAAGACUCGGAUGUUUGAGUCACUGCAGUCGGACUACGACUGUGUGAAGAACCAGCAGAGACAGCAGCUUGAGGAACAACAAGCACAUCUGGAGAGGAGCCACAGCACAGCGCUCAGUGCGCUCAACAACAAGAUGCUGAGGUUGCAGUCGUCUCUGGAGGAAUCCCAGCUGAAUGAGAAACAACUGAAACACAAACUUGAGGUGCAAACUGAGACUCUGAACAACAAGAUGGAGGAGCUGCGAGCUCUGAAUGAACACACACAGAGCUCCAUGACAUCUGAGAUGAUGGAGGUGCAGAUGAAGAUCAUGGAGCUGGAGAACUGUAAGGUGAGGGUGGAGUUGGAGCAGACACUGCAGGAAUUUCAGUACAGAGAGCAACAGCUGGAGCUGACCAACAGUAGCCUGCAGCGCCACCUGGAGCGAAUCACAGAGGAGAAAGAGGAGCGAGAGAAAGAGGCUGUUUCCCUGUUUAAUGCAUUAGAGAAAUCUCGUGAGGCAAACCGUGACCUCCAGGUUGAAUUGGACCAGGUUCUACAGCAGGCCCAGGAUCCCAACAGCAAGGGGAACUCUCUGUUUGCUGAGUUGGAGGAUAAGCGUGCUGAGAUGGAGAGACAGCUCAUCAGCAUGAAGGUCCAGUACGUGUCACUGCAGAAACAAAACGCAUUCAGCAAACAGCAGCUGCAGCGCAUGAAGGUCCAGAUAGCCACUCUGAUGCAGCUCCAGGGUUCCAGGGCUGAUCCUGCUCAGCUGGAGAGGCUCCAGUCCAUGCUGUCAGAGAAGAACGGAGAGAUCCAAAAUCUAAUGACUAAACUGCAGAGACUGGAGAAGAUGGAGAUGAUGUUGAAGUCUCAGCCAGCUAAUCCUGCUCCAGCUGAAAGCGGUGACGGCCAAGAUGAAACUUACUACACUGACCUGCUUAAAAUGAAGCUCAGCAACACUGUUAAGGAUGCAGAGCGUCUGGGUGAUGAGCUUUCCCUGCAGAGGAUGAAAUCUUUGUCAGAGAGCCAGAGAGCUUUAGAGCUGGAGAGGAAACUCUUCUCAUCUGAACGGCUGCUCAAACAGACUCAGAGUGACAAGAUCAGACUGCAGCUCCGAGUAGAGGAGCUCCAACACAAAUAUGAACCAAAAGAGGCAAAAAAGAAUCUGAUCCAGAAGCGAAAGAAAGAGAAGCUUCCUGUUGACAUCGUACCCUCCUCUGAGGACACCAAGCUUGACAAGGGAGAGCAGCUUGUUGCUGUGGAGAUGAAUGUCACAAAUACUAAGGCUGCAGAACCUGAAGCGGAUACUUCACAUACAGCUGAGGCACUGAGCUCCACACAAGGUGUGUGCGUUGGAGAGCCUGAGCCACGGCCUGCGAAGUGUGUGAAGAUCAGUGCAGAUGAGCCUGUUGUGAUUCCCAACCCCAGCUCUCCUGUGACUGACUGCAAAGAGAAGGUGACAGAGGAGAACCAGCAGCAGAACAAGAGAGAGGAAAGAAGAAAGAAACAAAGAACAGUGGAGAUGAUGCACGUCAGCUCUCACAGCAGUAUGGAGAAUGAAUGUGCUCAGCAGUAGCACUCACCUCAGUGUGUGCUGGCAAACAUUUAGAUGCUUAUAUUGUCAUGAACUGGCUCACGGGUUGGACAAGAGGGAGAACACAAAAUACAUGUCUGUAUGCUGCUAUGAUGUCUUUGUCAUUCACAUAUUUCUGUUUUUACCACCUCCCUGUAGUGUUUUCUGCUGACCUCACUAUUUGUUCUAUACUGUCAGUACAUUUUAAUCAUAUAUUAAAACAUUUAGCAACAUACAGUAUGCUGUGUUCAGUUUCUCAAAAUAUAGGUAUAGGUAUAUAGUAUUCACAAGAAGUAUAAAAUGUAUAUAGUGGUAUGUGCAGUAAUUUUGCACAGCGAUGAGUGUGAAUUAGGAGGGGAUUACUUACUUAGCCCGCUGAAUGAAAGGCACCCAUCACUCUCCAUCUGGUCCUGUAGUCAUCCAUCCUUCUCAUCUGGUCCUGU